UUGAGCGAAUCAGAGCCAGACUUUUUUUGCUUAGCAGCUUAGCUCUUCAAACUAAAACAUUUAGAUCCGCAGUGCCUCGGCACCCAUUCCAGCGGAGAAACGAGCGCACUUAUUACUUCUAAACACAAAAGCCCCAACAACUCAUUCUUUGAAUACCUUUCCAUUAUUUAUCCUUUUAACUUCAUUUUUUAAGACUGUUGAUACACUCCCAUCAUCUUCUCCUUUUACAAUUUUAAUCAAUAUGGCACCUAGAGUAAUUGUCGUUGGAGGUGGUCGUACGUUUGAGAUUACCUUUGUCCUCUAAAUGUGCAUUAAAGCUAAUGUUGACUUCAGUAUCCGGCUUGAGUGCUGCGCAUACCAUUUAUCUGGCUGGUGGCAACGUUGUUGUUCUAGAUAAGCAAGGUAUGUUGAACUCGCGAUGUUGUUUGAACCCGGCAUUACCUUUGACCAAAUAUCGGUCUGAAUUGUUCCCAGACGUCUUCCGCCACCCAUCCGUGCCUUGGUUAAUCAUGAAACGUGUGCUAACUUGUUACUAUAGCCUUCUUCGGUGGAAACUCGACAAGUAAGUAAAAGUCACUUACUCACACAUAGACGAUUGACUAAUGUAUCAACAGAGGCUACCUCUGGUAUCAAUGGAGCACUUACCCGAACUCAAGUCGACCAAAAGGUCCAAGACAGCGUAAAGCAGUUCUACGAUGACACACUGAAAUCGGCAAGAGAUAAGGCAAGGCCAGAUUUGAUCAAGGUCUUGACAUAUAAGUCUGCGGCUGCUGUAGAGUGGCUUCAAGAUGUAUUCGGGUUGGAUUUGACUCUCGUAUCACGAUUAGGGUAAGUAAAGACCAUCAAUGCGCUGCUUUUGCAUCUACUAAUAGAAUCAGUGGCCACUCUCAACCAAGAACCCACCGCGGACACGAUGCUAAGUUCCCCGGUAUGGCUAUCACAUACGCUUUGAUGCAAAGGUUGGAGGAACUUGCCGAAGCCGAACCCGAACGUGUACAAAUCAUCAAGAAGGCACGAGUUACCGGGCUCAAGAAGGAAGGAAAUAAGAUCACCGGUGUCAAUUAUGAAUUUGGAGGUGAACCUUCUUUUGUCGAGGGACCAGUUAUUUUGGCCACUGGUGGAUAUGCGGCAGAUUUCACAGAAACAUCUUUACUCAAGAAACACAGACCAGAUACCUACGACUUGGCAUCCACUAACGGUGUACACGCCACUGGUGACGGUCAAAAGAUGGUCAUGGCUAUUGGCGGUAAUGGAAUUGAUAUGGACAAAGUUCAGGUACAUCCAACCGGUCUUGUUGACCCUAAGGAUCCUGGAUCUAAGUGGAAAUUCUUGGCUGCUGAGGCUCUCCGUGGAGAAGGAGGUCUUCUUCUGAACGGCGAUGGUGAUCGUUUCUGUGAUGAACUUGGCCACAGAGAUUACGUCUCUGGUGAGAUGUGGAAAGAAAAGGCCAAGGGAAAAUUCCCAGUUCGCCUCAUCCUCAACUCGAAAGCAUCGAAUGUUCUCGACUUUCACACACGCCAUUACUCCGGUCGUGGUCUGAUGAAGAAGAUGACUGGCAAGGAACUCGCAAAAGAGAUUGGUUGUACACCAGACCAUCUUCAAGGAACCUUCAAGAAAUACAACAAAAUUGCCGAAGGCAAAGAAAAGGAUCCAUAUGGAAAGAAGUUUUUUCACAACGGACCUCUUGAUGUCGACGAUGACUUCCACGUUGCUGUUAUGGAGCCAGUUCUUCAUUUUACAAUGGGUGGUAUUGAGAUCAACGCUGAUGCACAAAUUCUCAACCAAGAAGGCAAACCAUUCGAAGGCCUCUAUGCCUGUGGUGAGCUAGCAGGAGGUGUUCACGGUGCCAAUCGUCUUGGUGGAUCAUCUUUACUUGGAUGUGUUGUCUACGGACGUGUUGCAGGUGAUUCUGCUAGCAACUAUCUCUUCCAGAAUGCUCUCAAGGGUAACCUUAGCUCUGCAUCACGUCUUGGUCAAAUUUCACUUCACAUUGAUCCAUCACAACCUGGUAAGAUCUCUGUAGAAUGGGAUAGCCAAUCUUCUAGCAGUGGUGAUAAAGUAGCCCAACAAUCUCAAACAUCAGCUGGUCCCGUCUUGAAGAAUGGAGCCGAUUCAUCUGACCCAGGGAAAGUUAGCAAGCCUACCAAACCAUCCGAGUUCAAAAUCCCUGAAAAGGAAUUCACAAUGGAUGAGGUAGCAAAACAUAACAAGAAAGAAGAUUUAUGGGUUGUGGUUAAAGGUGUUGUUAUGGAUGUAUCUGAUUGGUUGGAUGAACAUCCAGGUGGUCCACAAGCACUCAUGAAUUUCAUGGGUAGAGAUGCUACUGAGGAAUUUGAAAUGUUGCAUGAUGAUGAGGUUAUUCCUAAAUAUGCUGCUAGUCAGGUUAUUGGAAGGGUUAAGGGUGUAAAGCCUACUUUGGAAAUAUAAGUUAGAGCAUGAGAAUGGAAAGAUUGGAUCAUGGUGAAUGGAGAUAUUAAAUGAGAAACCGGUUUGUUUUAUCUUGAUGGCGUGGAAUAGGAUGGGAUAGGAUGGAUUUGUAAUACUUGCUCGAAUAAGAAAUUUGUAUUGUAUUGAUAAGAAGAUGAGAUGAGAUGAGACGAGACAAGGUGAUCUUUUUUCAUUUU